UUUGGUUGCGUUCGAGUCAGUUGGCGCAGGCGAUUCUACCGGGAAUUUAUUGCUGUUUAACAGCAAUUUUUGUUGUUGAAUUGCCUAAAAUAUGUGAUAAUUGCGUAGUGAGUGUUGUUAAAUAAAAAUGUCGACUAAUUCGUGUAUAUAAAUUGAUUAAUCUAGUUGUAAAACACAUUGCCAGCAAUGUAACCGUGUCGUGACGUCACACGGCUAAUCAAGUGCACAACACACAGACACACGCGUGUUACCAUCAGUUUAAAAUGCGUUUUUAAUUGUAUAAAAAAGGAAAGAAUUUGUUUCGUGAAAGAAGAAUAAAAGUUUUUUAAAAAAAAGGAAAUACAGUGAUAAGAAUUGAAGAAAUAAUAGAUACAAGAGAGAAAGGACAAGUUGGGGAGUUAUUUAGUGAAGGACAGCUCUCACACGCAGGCGUCCAACCUAAAAAACAUACCGCUCGCCAAGAGGACGACGUCCUCACUUCUUUGCCAGGGAUCGACGACACGCGAAAAUUUUCCCUCGUGUUUUAACUGUCAGUUUUAAUUUUAUCAUUGCUCUAAAUUCGUGAGGUUUUUUUUUUUUUUCAUUUUUGCGAAUAAAAAUUGUCCAUAACCUACAAGCAGGCCUGGGUAAAUCGAUUGACAGAAAUGUAGAUUGUCGCUCGUGGAGAGAAGGUCGUGUAUUUUGACAGUGUUGUGUGUGUCGUUGAAUUGUGAGGACUAUUAACGCGCGCAACGAAGCGCAUGUGUUUCGAAAUGUCUUCUGUGAACGGUGAGACGAGUGUUUCGCGUAAGGAGAACAACGCGUGGACCCUGUACGCCCCGGGACGGGUCGCUGGAUAAGGAUUAAGUCAAGUUCGUCGCGCUUUGGAACAAAAAUUGAAACGAGUGCGCGACAAAAAAUAUAAUUUCUUCUAAUUGUUGAAUUAUUUUUAUUAUUUUUUUUUUAGUAUAUUUUGUUUCUUUCAUUUUCUUCUAUAUAUAGUGUUGAGUUUUUAUCUACUUGAUGCGCCCCUGAAGAUUAGUGAUUUCUUUAAAAGAUCCUUCAACUGGAGUUGAGAUAGAGACGCAAACGCUGACGUAAAAUUCAAAGGAGAUUCAGGAUCAGAAGCGUUAUCAAGAGUACCUCAUCCCAGUUUUUGAAAGUUUCCUGAGACGGAACGGCUGAUGAUCAAGACAAGAAUCACGACCUCCGUGAAAGAGAAAGAGAGAGAGAGAUUGACGAAAAUUGACACUCGUCUCCCCCUGAACUUGAAUAUUCAAGAAAGUGUGCGUGUGUGUGGUUAAAAAAAACAAAAAAAGAAGAAGAAGGGUCAGGAACUCGGACAUCGACAAGUGAGAUCUUUCCUGACGACACAAAACUCAUUUUUCACGAGGUUCGACGUCUUUGAAAACAAAGGUCUAAAGAGAAUCAAGGGAGAAAUAAAAACGAGAAGAGAGAGAGAGAGAGGCCGUUUGGAUACCCGGCGGACAAAAGCCGAAAUAAGUAGGCGGUGAAGAAAAAGGAGUAAGAGAGAAAGAGAGAGAGAGAAAAGGAUUGAGUCUAUCUCUCCUCUAAGAGAAAGAGGUUGGUUUUUGAACGAAAGAAGGCUUCCCUUCGCAUCUGGCGAGAAACUUCCAGGAAGGAUUCUUCGUUGCUAACGUUUCAGGAAGAACAAAGUGGACGGGCAGACCAUUUUUUUUUUUAAAAAAAAAGAGAGAAGCCUCUCUCUCUCCCGUCUAGCUUCGAUUCUAGCUUGAAAUACUGGUCCUAGGGCCCAGAAUAGCGAGACAAAGACGAAGUGAGAAGGGGAAACAGAAAAAGGGCGAAUGUUGCCAGACUAGUGUGCCGGUGCGUCAAAAAAACUCCUUCUUUUCUUAUGUGUUUGUGUGUAAGUGGAUUUAUAAACUGAGUGAAGUUUUUAAAAGUUGAAAUUCGGGGUGAAUAGUAAGAAAAAAAAAGUGCGCGAGUGUCUCUAAGAGAACAAAGUUGGUGUUUGUUGUUGUUCCUGGCUUAAUUUCUGGUUCUGGUCAAGCCGUUGAGAGGGAUAACCACGUGAUCAUCAUUUGCCCUCAACAUCCAUUAUCAAGGAUCACCCCUUAGGAGUUUCACGCCACGCCCACCCUCGAUGAGAGGAGGCACAUGUCCAUUGCUGCCGCUGAAAAUGCAGGGCCUGGCCCGUGUGACCUGCAGGACCCAUUGUGGGUCAAAAUGAGUGCAAUUACUGGCAGUGUCACUAAGAAGAGAAAGAAAUCAGAUGCUAAGCCACAGUCACAAAUUAACAAGUGCCUUAACGAGAAACGACGACGGACCCAGGAGAACCAGUAUAUCGAUGAGCUUGCCGAGCUGAUUUCCGCCACGGAUAUGAGCUCUGGCAAGACUGAUAAAUGUCAAAUCCUCCAGAGAACCGUCGAUCAGAUUCGGCACAUCAGGCAACAAGAGAAUUCCAACAGUCAUGCUGUUCAGCAGGGAGAAGUUUCCUCGUCGAAUCCUAACAUUAUUUCCAACGAUCAAGUUGGCCCUAUGUUACUUGAGGCGUUAGAUGGCUUUCUAUUUGUUGUAAACACUGAGGGGCGCGUUGAGUACGUUACGGAUAAUAUAUCCCAGUAUAUAAAUUAUACUAAAGAAGAUGUGUUUGGAAAGGAUAUUUAUAAUAUAAUUCAUCAUGGAGAUCACAACACCUUCAUGCCUAGUUUGUUGCCAAUGUCAUCAUUAGGCUGGACGAGCGAGCCUCAACCGCAAACAAAGAAUCGUGUUUUCAAUUGUCGCUUUCUGGUGAAGCCUCCCGAUGACAAAGAAGAGACUAUGGAAGAGAAGCAACAACGCGUAAAUAAAUACGAGACUAUGCAAAUUUGUUCUGCGCUUCUUACAAAUAAUAGUGAUCGUCUUGAGAGUGGCGAUGUAUCAUCAGAAUCAUCAGACAUUGGUCCAUGCGUGAUGUGCGUUGCCCGACGAAUUCCCCAUAAUGAAAAACCCAUCACCACCGCAAUUCAACAAUUCACUGUUAAAUUGGACCCUUCUGGAAAAAUUCUCGCAUUAGAUAACAGUUGGUUAUCACAAUCUUACUCUACGUACCUAAACAAGGAUCUGGUUGGAACUGCAAUUCAGGACUUGUGUCACCCGCUUGAUCUCAGUGAGCUGACUGCUCAUUUGAAGGGCACGCUGGAAGGCGGCGAACGUUCAAGUCCCAUGUAUCGACUUUGCGUCAGUCAAGACAAAUUUCUCAACGUUAAAGCAAAUUCAAAAUUAUUCAAAGGGAGUGAGAUGAGUGGAUACGACACGGACUACGUGAUGUCCAUCAACUCUAUUAUAGGGGACAAUGAUUUAACGCCUCUCGAGGGUGGUCAGCUUUCCAACAACAAAUUGUGCUCAGGACACUCUAGUAAUCGUUGUGCGAAUAAUAGUAAUAAUAAUAAUGGUAACAAUAAUAAUAAUGUGGGUGGCCCGCUAAUGUCGGUGGCGCAUCUAAACGGUCAAGUGAGUGGUGUCAGUGGUCGUGGUUUGACAUCAUCGCAAGCGACAACAUCAAAUAAUUCGGUAACAUUUAGCACAAACGAUAAUUGCAAUUCAUUAACGUCGCAAAAUCCAUUCAAUCAAUUUUCGGGCAAUAUGGACUUGGAAUUUGAACUUUUCCCAAGUUCCACGUGGGACUUGGACAGUAGCAGCGGGUGGGUUGAAAGGCCCGAAUCGAGACAAAGCGGGCCACCAAAUUCACGACCACCUUCCCAACCGGCUGCAACCGCCGCAUCUCCAAGUCCCCAGGGGGGAACGCAAUUCACGUCAAAUUCAGCGGUGGCAUCACACUGCAGUCCCCUGCGUGCGUACAGUCCAACAUCUGCUCACACCUUCAGUAAUUCGUUCCCAUUCAGUCCACUUCAGGAAUCGCCAACGCCGAUGAACGCCGGUGCCAAUGGUGGUGGAGGUGCAACUGCAGCCGUUGCCGCCUCAACAAUUUGCAAGAGAAUUGAUCAGGACGUCAAGGGAUGUCCAAGUACGAGUGGAACGAGCGCUCCAAAUACGCCAAGUGUUGAGACUCAAAAUAGUGUUGUGUCAACCGAGUCGGUUAGGCUCAGGAACUUGUUAACCAAGGGAGCCAGUGCUAGUGAGGAUAGUCAGGACAAUGACGCGGAUAAACCGAAUAAGCAUAGGAUAUUAAAAACAUUGUUGAAUCAACAAGACGACGAUGAAUAUCAUUCGGAACAUAGUACUAGAGUGCGUACAAGUCCAAGCAGUGCGCCAAAACCAAACACGGAACAGCCCAACAUUAUGCUUCUCCAGUUAUUAAAUGAGAAAAACGACGACGACGAUGAAGAGGCAAGGGUUGGAUUGAAGAAGAGUAAUGAACUUCUUCAAAAGCUAUUGAAAAACCAAGACGAAGAGAGGAAACAGAAAGAACAAACGAAUCAAGAGGAUGAUCCUCUGUUGAGAAGUCUUGGUUUUCAAAAUACCACACCAUCACCGUCGCAGCCAAAUGAAAAUUCUCAAGUUCCGCGUAAAAGAUCGGGUGAAGAGAUGAAUAUGAAUUCAUCGAUGAAACGACCAAGGGACGGUACGCAUCCCCCAGCGUCUGCUCCAACUUCAACGAACAAACAUUUGUGGGAGAAGAACAAAAUGCUUGCUUCACUAUUGGCCAAGCAACCUGAGCAACCAACCAAAAUUCCACCGAUCGAUGCAUCUGUGAUAUCAGCGACUCCACAGCUCCUUUUUCAGGAUAAACUCCCUCGAGUGACGGAUCGCUUGAAGCAACCGCCACAACAACAACAACAGCAGCAGCAGCAGCCAUGGACUGCUAGUAGAAUGCAACAGCCAAUUGGCAAUAAUACUAUUACCACAACUGCAACUUCGGCCCGUACUCCUCUCCAAAAUCUACCUAGACAACAACUACCUCGCCAAGCAGCCAAUGUCUACCUCAGUCAUAUGCUAAGUCAAGUGAGUCAAACGCAGCAACAAAGGCCUCAAGUAGAACAAAUAGAUUCGGAAUUUAUAAGUGGCGGAGAAUAUCGACAACCAAACACGGACCCUAACAUUUGGAAUAAUCAAUCAACGGAUCCCGAUCUUAAUGAUAUUUUGGAGCAGUUUGUCGACUUUACUUCCAAUCAGACCAAUGAAGAUUCGUCUGAAACAACCAACGAUUUGCUGAGUGUUGCUGAAGUACCACAUGACAUUGUCGUGAAUGAAACAAUGGCGAUCAACGCCAUUCAAAAGUCAUUAAUGCUUAUCGAGGCUAAAGUCAAUUCUACGUCUUCCAGCAUCACGAUACCGGGUACACCUCCAGCUUAUUCCACAGCGUUGGGCAACGCGCCAGUUGUUACAACAAGCCACAAUUAUCAAGCGGCAGCAUUGUAUCAACAGCAACAACAGCCAAGAAUGAGAUUUAAUGCCCAACCGGGAAUUAGACAAAGCGCUGCGCAAUUUACGCCCCAACAACAAUUACACAUACAGCAACAACAGAGAAGUAAUCUUAUUCAACAACAUCAAAUGAAACAACGAUUGCUUCAGCAACAGCAACAACAACAGUUGCUUAUACCUUCCAAUGCUACAGCUACGGACCAAAUAAACACUGGAAUUCAUAACAUUGACAGUCUAUUGAACAACACUGUUGCUCCAAAUGUAUCUUUACAGAGGUCAAGUGUAACGGAUUCGCAAGUGUCCCCAGGAUAUGGGGGUUCCGUCCAAAUGCCUUCUGGGCACCGGCUUGCUCACUCCUAUUCUCAUCCUUCCACGUUAUCUCAGCACCCCGUAAAUAAUAACUUCAGUAGUGGUCAGCAAGUUUCCGCGACGGCGAGACUAUCGCCGCACUCUCCUGCUGGCAUUCUCUCCUUCUCUCAUCCUCAACCUUUGUCGCCUCGAGUCUCGCAGGGAAAUUAUGGUAACAGUCCAAGAAUGUUUAAUGUUAAUCAAGUACGACAACAGCAACAACCAACAACCCAGCAACAACUUCAACAACAACAGAGAUCGAUGCCUUCACCUGGAACACCAGCGUCGGCGCGACAGUCGCCAUUUCCCGCUGAAACUUUCCCUCCACCUGCAAGUCCCACUGCAAGCCAGUUUCCCCCUGUUCAAAUCCAAAAUGCUAACAACCCUUCCACGCAGUACAGACUUCAACGAACCACGUCUACUCCUUCGGCUACAACACAAUUGCCAGGUGGAAUUGGUUCACCACGUCAUUAUGGUGGAGUAAAUAAGGAACAGGCUCUUUUAUCACCUAGUCAUCCCCAUUCGGGUUGUCCCGCGACCCAUAAUCAACAUAACGUCACCAAUACCCAACACUUCUCGAAUCAGCAACACUCAUCUAUGAUAUAUCACAACACCGCCAAUACAAUCAACACUGCUGACGUACAGAAUCAAAAUCAGUACUGUUAUGAUCGGACGUCCGUUCCACUCUAUCAAAUGGGGCCUGGGGAUGCGCAGGACACUAGGCCUCUGCCUCCCAGUAAUCCUGCUAGUCACCAAAUGGGUGGAAAUGCAAGCAGUACUGUUAGUAUGACAUCGGAAUUUGUUCGUCAAGAAUUGAGAGCAAUUGUUGGUGCCAGGACGCAACAACAACAGCAAAGGGUGCCUAAUAGUCUUCAGAAUAACUUGUCUGGUCAAGUUUCUCAGGAUGAUCUCGAUGCUCUUGGACUUACGUUUGAAAUGUCUUCUGCAGGUGAGCCUGUGGUUAGCGAUGGCCCUGCAAAGAGCUGGGCCAUUGGGAGUGCCGGAAGCGCCCCCUCUUCCUCCAGGACUACUAUCGAAGAAGUGGCCCAAGGUGAUCCAAAAGCGUCACUGUUGCAGAAACUUUUAUCCGAGUGACUGCUGGCUAGCAUCUCGCGAAUGAAGGAAAUAUAUGUAAUAUAUAUUUGAGUGAUGGAAAGAGUAUAUACAAACACACCUACAUUACAUAAAAAAAACACUAUACGUUACGGAUACUAUUGUAUUAUAUGUAAUACUACACGUAAAAGCAGUAUACAAAUACGUAUCCCCAAGUACAAUGCGAACAAUCACACAAAAGGUUUCGAUAAAAAUAUUUUCCGAGAGAAGAAUUUUAUUGUCCCGUGAAAAUCAAGUUUUCAGAAAAAUAUUUUUCUGUACAAAAAAAAAAAAAAGAGUAGUGAAUCCUAUAGUUACGGGCAAAAAUUUUUAAAAGGAAGAAAAAAAAAGCGAUAAAUUCCCUCUGAAGGAAAACAAAAAAAAAAAAAAAAAAUUGCGGCGUGAAGAAAUUAUUUUUUUGAGAGAGAAAAAUGAAAGUUUCUCGUGAAAACGAAAAUUUCCAUAUGUGAAGAGAAAAAAUUGUACCUCUGAGAAAAUGUGAAAAUUUCUCAUGUUAUAAGGAAAUGAAAGAAAAAAAAAAUUCUUUCCAAGAGAUUGAAAAUCUUUUUAUCAAUGAAGAGGAAAAAAUUGAAGAGGAUACUUUUUUUUUUGUAAGUACAACAAAAAAUUAAUUAAAAAGGAAAACAAAAUUUUUUUCUGGUGGAAGGAUAUUUGUUAGCAAUAAUUUUUUUUACGAGAAACUGUAUAUUCAGUUUUUUGUAAAACAAAAAUUAUUAUUUUUUUUUGGAAAAACAAAAUUUUUUGGAAAACAAAUUAAAUUUACUAUAUAAAGAAAUAAAAAAAUUAGCUUUUUUUAAAUUCUUAUGUUUUUCCAAAAAAAAAAAAAAAAAAAAAAAAGAGAAUCUCUUGGAAAAUUGUUUUUUCGAAAUAAGAAGAGAAGCUUUUCAGGGAAAAAGGCUGUUGUUCCGAAGUUCAAAUCCGAGCGAAUUUAUUCAGGAUGUACAAAGAAAAAAAAAAUGCUUAUAAAAAUAAAAAAAAGGUGAAGUAGUUUUAUUCUUGAAAAUGCAGAAAAAAAAGCCCGGAAGCUUUUUUUUUUGAAAAAAGAGGAUUUUUAUUUUAAAACAUUUUCUUCUUAUUUUUGCAUGUUAUUUACGUUCUUUUUUUUUAUUUUUUGUUGGCAUUGUAUUUGGUACCAUUUAAAAGAAAGAAAAAAAAAAAAAAAAAAAAAACUACGUAGGUACCUCAAAGGUAUACUUUACUAUACCACUGGCUGUUGAACAUAGAAACUAUUAAAUAGGAUUAAUUAUUGUACACAGAAAAAAAAUAGAGCACUAUCAUGUUUUCCCUUAAUUUAACAUCUUUUUGACUAUUAUAUUAUGAAUAAUAUAUUUGUGAUUGUAAGAAUCUGCAACCAAAAUGUGACAAAGAAUACUUGUUGUUGUUAAUAUGAUUAUAAUAACGAUUAUUACUAUUAUUUUAUUGACAUCAUCAUUAUCAUUAUUAUUAUUAUUAUUAUUAUUAUUAUUAUUAUUAUUACCAAUAUUAUUGUUACAACUACAAUAUUAUUAUUAUUAUAAUAGUAAGGUUUAUUAUUUUAUUAUUAUAUUAUUAUUAUAUUAUAUUAUAUUAUAUUAAUUAUUAUAUUACUAUUAAUAUUGUGAAACACUUGGCGUAUGCAUAUUUCUAUUCGAUAGUAAGGGUACCUUUCGCAAGCAGGGUGGUCUAAAAAAUUUUCGUAAUUUUAUUUUUUGAAAAUGCGGCAUAAUUCUUAGGGAGCAAAACGGACAAAGAAAAUUCAAUUGGCCGCCUUUUCGCGAUUUUGCGGGAAAAAAAAAGAUUUAUUCCUUGAAAUUUUUUUUUAAUCUCCCCCUCUCCCCCUUUACAUGUCGAUUUACGGUUUUGCAUGUGGCUGUGUUUCGAUGGUCGAAAAAGCUGUUUUUUUUUUUUUUAAGAUAAUAGAGUUUGCGUUAGCAAGAAUAGAAUAUUUUUUUUUCUUUUUUAGACAUAUCGACCAUCGUUUUUUUUUCGUGUAUUUUUUUUUUAUUAUGUUUGUUUUUGUUUUUUAUUUGUACCUUGAGUCCGAUUGUCGCGGAUUUUUUGAGACUCAACGCUCGCAAAAACGUUUAAUUUAAUUCUCUCUCGAACACCCCGGGGGAAAUUCCGAUUUUAGAGAAAAAAAAAAAAAAAAAAAAAGGCAGUGAAAGAAAAGAGUGUUUAUAUAUUAUAUAUUUUUUGGACAACCCUGCGUUUAAAAAAAAAUAAAAAUAAAACAAAAUGUAUAUAUUCGUGUAUGGAAGAAAAAGAAAUCGACCUUCUAUUUUGCAUAGCUCGGUAAUUCUCUUUUUCAGAUCUUAGAUGCACACUAAAUUACUUCUAAACGACAUACCGUUGUUAAAACACAAAUGAAAAACAAAAAAAAAAAAAACAAAUUUUUAAUUAUAGAGAUGUUCAUAAUUAUAAUAUUAUAUAUGUGUAGGUGUAACUGCAUUAUUUUGCGUUCACCUAUAUAAGGAGAAAUAUCUUUUUUUUCUUUUUUUUUUUUUUUUUUUUUUU